GGACCCAUGUUUGUCAUUUUGAUGGUAAUGAUGGUGACUUUGGUCGUUGUGAUAGUUUUGGGCAACGCACUGGUCAUUUUCGCUUUUAAAGUGGAUAAGAGUUUGAGGACACAAUGUAAUUACUACUUCCUGAAUUUGGCAAUAUCAGAUUUUCUUGUAGGGGCAUUCUGCAUCCCAGUGUACAUGCCUUACAUCCUCACAGGAAAGUGGACACUCGGCCGCGGACUGUGCAAGCUGUGGCUGGUCAUGGACUACCUCCUUUGUUCUGCAUCUGUCUUCAACAUUGUCCUCAUCAGCUACGACCGCUUCCUGUCCGUCACCAGAGCAGUAAGUUACCGUGCACGACAGGGCAUGACUCACCAAGCCAUAAUCAAGAUGAUUGCUGUCUGGGUGCUAGCCUUUGUCCUGUAUGGCCCAGCUAUCAUAUUCUGGGAGCUGGUGGUGGGCAGAAGCAGCGUGCCAAAGGAUGAGUGUUUUGCGGAGUUCUAUUACUCUUGGUACUUCCUGCUGAGUGCCUCCAUGCUGGAGUUUUUCUCUCCUUUCAUCUCUGUGGCUUUCUUCAACCUCAGCAUUUACCUCAGCAUUCGCAAGAGGAGGCUCCACAGCAGGGAGGCCCAGCUCCACCUUCAACUGAGCAAAACUGCCUCUGCCCAGGGGAAAGGUAUCCCCCUGUCCCACAACUCCGAGGUUGGGAUGAAACUGGCUGUAAGAGGCUCUAUCCACUCCCAGUCCUCCUCUCCCAGCUUGGGUAAACUAGAUCACACGACCAGCAGGGCUGCCCAUCCUAGCCGCCUGUCCAGGGACAAGAAAAUUGCUAAGUCCCUGGCCAUCAUAGUGUGUGUGUUUGCCAUCUGCUGGGCACCGUACACCCUACUGAUGAUCAUCCGUGCUGCCUGCAGAGGGCGGUGCAUCCAGCAUCAUUGGUACGAGGUCACCUUCUGGCUCCUGUGGCUCAACUCUGCUAUUAACCCGUGCCUGUACCCACUUUGCCACAGUAGCUUCCGCAGGGCCUUUAGCAGGAUUCUCUGCCCAAAGAGGCAUACUACUCCCAAAUCAUCUGUCCUUCGUGUUAGCCAGUGA